AUGUCAAAGCUUCUUUUAUUAACGCACCCACGCCAGUUUAUACUUCCUUGUGAUGAAGCUGCAACUCGUUCUGUCAUUUGCUAUUUGUCUCGAAGUAGAUUACCGUUCCAUGUUGAUCAUAUUUUAAACGCUGAUUCAUGUUCUCCUGAUCACUUACUCCCUGUUACUAUUCUUAAUGGCUCUAUUGUGACUGGUUACACUUCUUUGUGUCUGCGUUUGAGUAUAUUAAAAGCCAAUAAGGAUAUUAAUCUUAAUGGUUCUAAACUUACUUCACGCAGUUUACGACAUUCUUACUUAUUUUGGAUUUCUGAUACAUUACGGAAUGUAAUGCUUUAUUUCACCUGGUUUCAUGAAUCUACCUAUUCGAAUUUGACUUACGAACGUCUUAAAUCUUCUACACCGCGUUUGCUAACUGGAUUUAUUGCCAAACGAAAACGACAACAACAUCUUCGUUUUUGGAAUCUAUUGGUUGGGAUAAAAUGA